GUUUGUGUUAACCUAGGAGGUGCUGUUGCUGCACGGUUCUUGUACUGCCUAAUAUCUUCAAAACUGACGACAAAAACACAACGGACAGCUACUUACGGAGAAAUAUUCCUGACGUGAAGAUUAGCACUGACUGAUCAUGAACAACGAAUAUUGGUUUGACUUUGUGGCAGGAUGGAUUGGAGGGUGUGCCGGGCUGUUAGUUGGUCAACCAAUGGACACCAUUAAAGUCCGACAGCAAACACUGAAGAGAAUGAAUUCAGUCAACUAUGCAAUUAGCAUCUUUAAAUAUGAAGGAAUUCGAGGAUUCUAUAAGGGACUGGGUUUUCCACUUCUAGCAUCUGGUACUUUGAACUCCCUCUUCUUUGGUGUCUAUGGCAACAGCAUCAGAUGGUUAUCUGAGGGUAAACAGAAGCCUUCAGUUUCAGAUGUACUAAUAGCUGGAUCUGCUGGAGGAGUUGCACAACUAGUUGUUGCAUGUCCUGUGGAUUUAAUCAAGAUUAAGAUGCAAAUGCAAACUGGUUCUUCACGACACGAUUUGGGAAAUUCUUUUGAGACCAAAUACCGCGGACCAGUCUUAUGCCUUCAAGACAUAUAUAAAAAAGGAGGUGUUGCUGGCUGCUAUACUGGCUUUAAUUCAAUGUUCUUAAGGGAUGUAAUAGCUUCAGGGGUGUACAUGGCAACGUAUGAGGUGAUAGUUGGCUUCAACACUAGCCCUUCUGCUUAUUCCAUCAUAUUGGGAGGGGGUGUAGCAGAAUACUUGGGACUGUGUAAUGAAAAGCUAUAAAGAAGAGGGUCUACUGGUGUUUACCAGAGGAUAUUGUAUGAUGGCCGUCCGUGCUUUCCCAACAAAUGGUGCCAUCUUUUUAGCCUAUGUGACUUCUCUUAAUAUCUUAAAGGAUUGCUUUGGCCUUAACGAGAAAGAAAAAGAAAGUCAAGUGGUAAUGACAUAAUUAAUUUUAGUUUAAUAAGUUAUUAUGUACUUACUUAUUGCUUACCAAAAAACUCUUACAUUGGAUUUUUAUAAUUGUUAUUCAUUACAGAUGAACUUGAAUAAUGCUUGAAAUAUUGCAGUUUUCACUACAAGUUUUGGUACCUAAAUUGUGAGUCAUUUCUUAUUUUAUGUACGAAACUCUGUAGACAUACAGCUGGUUCGUUAUGCUUAGUUAAUUGUCUUCCUUCUCAGUAGCUUAGUUCUGCUCGAAUUUAACAGGAAUAUUUUUAGCAUUGUUUAUUAUUAAAGAUUAGCCGGUAUUCUCCCGGCCCGGGCCUUUUCCAAGUGGUGGCCCGGCCUUGGCUCCCUCUUUAGGGAGUGUCUGAGACCUAAGUCUCCCAUGGGAGGAGGCACAAGUACCUCCUCAUCUUUGGGACCAACUGUCCCCAGGCCUAGCCACAAGCUAGGCCUCUCUGGUCUGCCAUCCCCGCCCAAGGGGGCUAAUGGGAAUGACAGUCUUAUGAGCUAAAAGCUCGGGCUCAGGCACCUACCCUACCCUAGAAGGGUUAGGCAUGGUGUCGAUAUUUAGCAUUGCAUCAAUGAUCAUGCUUAUUUUUACUAUGCUGUUUGAAUAUAAAAUAUGUAUAUGUAAACGUUAUUUAUUUUGCUUCCUAUCCUUUGU